AUGAUGACCCCUCUUCGCUUCGCCCGCUCUGCCCUCCGGGCUCGCCCCGCCGCUUUCCGCGUGCCUCUUCAGCGCAGAGGCUACGCUGAGGCCGUCAACGACAAGAUCAAGCUUUCCCUUGCGCUCCCUCACCAGAGCAUCUUCAGGUCGACCGACGUUGUCCAGGUCAACAUCCCCGCUGAGUCCGGAGAGAUGGGUGUCCUUGCCAACCACGUCCCUUCCAUCGAGCAGCUCAAACCCGGUCUCGUUGAGAUUAUUGAGGAGGGUGGUGGCAGCAAGAAGUUUUUCCUUUCUGGCGGUUUCGCCGUUGUCCAGCCCGACUCCCAGUUGACCAUCAACGCUGUUGAGGGUUUCCCUCUUGAGGAAUUCAGCGCUGAGAACGUCCGCGCCCAGAUCGCCGAAGCCCAGAAGAUUGCCGGUGGCAACGGCAGCGAGCAGGACAUUGCCGAGGCCAAGAUUGAGCUUGAGGUUCUGGAGACCCUGCAGGCUCACCUGAAAUAG